CUGAGACACGGAAUGCCUAAUGUCUGGCCUGCCUGUACUUUUUUCAUCACCUGCCUGUUGACCUCUCACCUCUAACUCUGUAUGACCCUGUCUGUUUGUUCAGAUGACUCCCUGCAGAAAGUGGCUCUGCUCCUGGACCACUAUGGCAUCGAUAUGAAGGACUUAACCCCUUCACAGCUGGCCAACCUGCCUGCAGCACUGAAACAGCUGCAGAUGGAGAGUGCUACUGACUUGGGCACCGAUACAGCAGACGAAUACCGGAACAGUGCUGCCCCACGUAAGAAGAUUACUGAGGGGGCCAUGACACACAAGGUGGACAAAUCUCCUGUGCUAGGUGCCCCCACCUCCCUUCCUGCCCCGCCCCCUGGGCCCCAGGCCUCCCCAGAUCACCCUCCCACCAUGGGGGCCCCUCCUGCCACAGAGGGAGCCAGUGUAAAGGAGCCAGGGGCCCCGGUGGAGACAAAGACGCAGGGGAAGAAAGAACCACCAGGAGGGACCACACAUGUGAAGGAGGAAUACGGCUACAUCGUCACCAACCAAAGCCCCCUCAGUCUGUACGACGGGGUGCGUCUGCUGGGGCUCCUGGCUGAGAGGAUCCCACUCUCCACUGGCUCUUUCAUCAACAUCAGGUAGGCUAUAGGCAUAGAGGCCCACUGGCCGACUGGUCCAAUGAGGAGAGAUGACAAUUAGCUAGCUGCUAAUUGCUAAUAAGCGGAUGAUAAUUCGUUGGCUGGUUAAAUCUGACACAUUUACAGAAAUGUUAAUAAAUGUGCAUCGUCCUGAUUGUCAAAUAAACUUAUAAAUGUCAAAUUAAAUGAUCAGGAGAUCUCAGUGUAGAGGGGCCCAUCUCAGUGUAGAUGGGCCAUCUCAGGGGCGUCUCGGUGUAGAGGGGCCCGAUCUCGGUGUAGAGGGGCCCGAUCUCGGAGUAGAGGGGCCCGAUCUCGGUGUAGAGGGGCCCGAUCUCGGUGUAGAGGGGCCCGAUCUCGGUGUAGAGGGGCCCGAUCUCGGUGUAGAGGGGGCCGAUCUCGGUGUAGAGGGGUCAUCUCAGCUCAGGUACUUCUAUGAUCAACAUGCUCCAUUCCCUCUCCCGGGUGGCGGAGUGGUCUAAAGCACUGCAUCGCAGUGCUAGCUGUGCCACCAGAGAUUCUGGGUUCGAGUCCAG